GACAAGAUCAACUGUUGACUUGCGCAAGAUGUUUCUUGACUCGGUUGCAAUAGACAGACCGUAUGGUCGCUCGUCAGCCGGACAAAGCCUGUAGAGUCGCAAAGAAAGAAAGAGUAGAGAAAGAAAAAUAAGAAGGAGAAAACGGAGCCUCCGUCCACUUAUGGGCGGUUUAAUGGAGGGCAGGCUCUGGGCUGGGCUGCUGGUGUUGGUCUCGUGUCGAUCGCCAGACCAAAAAGGGCCUUGGAUUCGCUCUUUGGCAAGUCACCAAAUACAAGAGUACAGUAAUGCUCAAUACGUAUCAAUCAGUUUGGGGGCAACCGUCAAAAGGCACGAUGAUGUUAUUAGAGUUUGUCGACUGCCACUGCCACAUGCUUCAGGUCUAUCCUGGACAACUGCCCUUGUUACUGCCUUUCCAAGACACAUGGCCGAAUUUGUUGGGGGGACGCUUGUGACGCGAUCUUGGCACCGUGCCCCAUAUCCAUGCCCACGCUUCAUGACCCAUGCUGAAUGCUCAAGUCCAAGUCCAAGUCCAGGGUCUGGUGAGCAGCCGACAUUACAGACAGACAGCUCUAAAGAUAGCUCUACACCAUGCAUGCAAGUUAGUAUGUAUGUAGUUAUGUACGGAUCCCGUAGAUGGAGCGAUGGACGGGACGGAGAAGCGGCAUUCCAAUUCCCCAGUGUCUUUUGCGUUUCACAAUCGAUAAGGAAAUCUUAAGGUUGAUCGCUGUGUACCAUGUGUAUGCGUACACACUGUCUGUGCUGUACUGUAUUGUGCUGUGCCGUGUACGGUAGCACUCCCUGUACUUUAAUUGAACUCGACUCUUGGUCCCCCCUCAAGCUCAAGGUCCCGUUUCUGAUCGCCCUCUGUCCAAGACAGAAGACAAGUUACUACGGACAGUCAAUGACAUUGGAAGCCGUUCUGCGGAUUACACUACGACUCUAGGCCUAACCCGACUUCCUCAAGGCCCACACAAACUGACAA